AUGGAGCUAAUUCAAGCAGAGAUGAAGUCGAGAAAAACUCACACCGACAAGAAGACACCCCAUGUCCGUCUGGGCCGCCCAUCGACCAUUACCAGCCACCAGCACAAAAACUCAGCAAGCCUCCAUGCCGCCGCCAACAAACGCACCUAUCACGACAUGCAUAAACGCUGUCGUUUGGGUUUUCCUCACGCAGCGGCGCACGGGUUGGAGGAAGUCCUCAGACGGCUGUCGUACGCGGACCAAAAGGCGUGGUCUGCCGUACACAAGCGGUCUAUGGUGCCGCUCCCUCUUCCGACGCCUACCGAGCGCCGCAUGCGGCAGUGGUUCGAGAUGAUGGAUGCAGACGGUUCUGGGCGACUGGACGCCUCGGAAAUCGAGUUCGCUCUCCAGUCUUCCGGCAUCAAUCCGACACCCAACGUGGUUGCGGAGAUCAUAAAGCUGGUGAUGUCAGACAAGGCAAAGAAGAACCCGCCUGGGGAGGACUACAUACUACCGUCUGGUGUUGCCCUACCGAUUACAAGCAUGGUCGACACCGUCCGGCGCCGCAAGAUUCUAGAUGACGUGGAAAAGGCGGGUGGUGGGGGCGGAAUGCAAAGGAUGUUUUGGGCCGCUGAAGGACAAGAAUUCCUGCAAUCCCUGCUGGAGAGUGAAAAGUACGACUUCGAUGAGGAAAGUCGCCAGGUCAUUCGACGUAUCUUAGAGUAUAAGCCCACCGUCAGGGACGGCGACCCUCCCCUUCAUCCCAAGACCGUGGAAGAAUAUAAACGGCGAAUCGAGCGACUGAAACAUGCGCUGAUUAGGAAAGGCAACAACGACGCUGCUGCCGUUGCCGCUGCGAAGAGGCGCGCGAAUAGCGCCUACAGGACACGGAGCAGCCAGACGGGCUCAACAGCCGAGGGACAGCGCCCUUCCUCGAGUCGUCGGUCGCUUGACAUCGCGCUCAUGGCUGGCGGCGGCGGCGGCGGCAGGAGCAAACCGUCUCAUAUGCUGUGGGUGGACACGUCUGAUGUCGUCGGCAGCUGGUUGACCGGCGGGACGACCCAACAACAACUGACGGAGGACUCCUGGGUGACGGCGGCUAGCAGUACAGCUGACGGCGGCGGCGGCGGCGGCGGCGGCGUGCCGGACGCGGCUGAGGACAGGUUGGAUAAUACCACUACUCCUGCGGCGGCGGCGGCGGCGGCGGCGGCGGCGCAGGUCACGGCGCGCCUCAGCACCAGGUUCCCUCGCUCAGUCGCGUUUGCGGAUAAACCCGGCGUGGCGGGUGCUGAAGCGGCGCCAGCUGCGGCGGAGCCGGGCGUCUGGAGGGCGACGGCGGCGACAGCGACGAUGCAAGCUGGCGACGGCGGCGGCGGCGGCGGUGACGGCGACGGCAGUAGCAGCGGUCGCGGCGGACGCGGAGGCGCUGUCGGGGCCGCGGGAAGUCUGUCACCUACCGCCUUUGCUGCCUCCACCGGGGUUGGUGAAGUAGGCGGAGGCGAGGCUGUCUGUGGACAUGGGAAUGCCGGCGACGUCGCAGUGACGUCAUCAUCGGCUACAGCCCUCGAGCCCCCGGACCGGACCCACAAGAUCCCAAAAACGGCACCAGCAGUAACUGCCGCCGCUGCCGCAGCAGUAGCUAUAGCAGACGUUAUCAGCAGUAGCAGCGCGGCAGAGGAGCCGCCGCCGCUCCGAAACCCUCCAGCCGACGACAACGGCCGUCCCGUGGGCUUUCCAGAAGCGUCCCGUCAUAGUCCCGUGUACGACAAUGGCAAUCACGACCAUUACCAUUACGACCAUCACCACGCCAGCAGCGACAACAGCAAUAACACCGGUCAUACUGCAAAUGUCGACGAUGCCGACAACGAUGAUGAUUAUGAUGAUGGUGGUGAUGAUACUGGUGAUGGUGACGAUAAUGGCGUCCCCCAAAACGCUGUUUUCAUUACGCGCUUGUCGCGAGCCCAUGAGGCACUUGGAAUCAGCAGCUUCGCCGCCGCCUCCGCGGUCGCCGCCGCCGCUGCCGCCGCGGCAACGGCGGCGCCGCCGCCACCGCCGCCGCCGCCGCCGUCUUCCGAGGCCACAACGGUCUCCAUUAGCAACAGCAGCUCCGGAGCGCAUAUGCGUUUCGUCCAGCGCCCGCCGUCGUCGUCUCCGGGCCGUAACCGGCCGUACAGCAACCGCCUCGUACGUGUCACUCGGGAGUAUUGGCAGCAGCAGGGAAGGCCGUCGUCGUCGUCGGGGUCGACGUCGACGUCGCCGCGUCCUAGCGCCUCCGCCAGCUACAGCAGCGGCGUGUCUACAGGCUCCGCAGCCGCGGCACAGCUACGAGCCGAAGCAAUGAAGCUGCUAGGUUGCGGCCGAGCGGACGUGGUAGCGUCGGCGAUACGACACCAAGCCUCGGAGCUCGCCGCCGCUGCCGCCGCCGCAAACCUACCGCGGGGGGCCUGGCCGCCGUUUACGCAGCCUCCGCCGCCGCCGCCGACUCGCACGGCCUCUCUCUCCUCCACGUCGCUCUACGGGAGCUUUGCAACAGCAACAUCACCGCCACCGUCAGUGUCGUCCCCGUCGCCGCCGCCGCGGGUGACGGCCGCCGCCGCCGCUGCUGUCGCCGCCGCCCUGGGCGGUGAACCCAUCGAUCUAGGACUCCAGCCGCAGUUAGUUCAGCUCCACCAGCACACCGCCUGCAUGGAUUCUCCUGCUGCUGCCGCCACCGUUACAGCCUCCGACUGCCUUCCUCCUCAUUGGCAGCAGCAGCAGCAGCAGCAGUUACUGCCUGCUGAACAGCCUGCCGUCAUCGCGGCUUCGCAAGGCGGCGCCAUUCCCUGGCAAGCCGCGGCUCCGGCUUUCCGGAGCGGCAAAGGACUUCUCCGCCCUACGCAGGUUCCCACACACAUGCCGUUCUUCUCCUCUUCUGCCGCCGCCACCGCCGCUUCCGGAACCACGCCGCCGGCGUUGGCGUCGGCAUCGACGGCUGCUGCGGGGAGAUCCGUAUCCCCGGCUACCUGGUCGGCUACCCAGAUUGCCCCCGGGCAGGAGAAGCAAUUUUGGCAGGCGCUGCCGACGACGACGAUGACGACCACGACGACGACGGCGACGAUGACAACUGUGACGCAAGGCGUUCCGACGGUGCCGGUGUCGACGUCAGCAGCACCGGCGGCGGCGGCGGUGCCGCCCGUCGGAGGGAUUGACCUCCAGCCGGCGACCUCCCCUAACUGGGUCGCCGCCGCCACCGCCGCCGCCGCCGCCGCCGCCGUAGGCCAACACGGUACCUACCUGCUACAGUUGAAGCUCAAUAACAACAGCAGUAGCAGACGAUGGCCCGGCGGCGGAGGAGGAGGCGGUGCGGCGUCUGCUGGCGGCUCUGAUGCUACUGCUGACGGCGGCGAUGACGCUGCUGCCACUGCCGCCACUGGAGCUCCGUUAGGGCCUGUUAUCGGUGUUCCAGUGGGGGUCUGCUCCCCAAGAUCCAGAGCCGGAUCCAGAUCCGGAUCCCCUAGGUCUCCCGCUGCCAGCUGCAGCGGAUGGGCUGCCGCUGCCGCCACUGCCACUGCAACAACAUCUGCCGUCUCCGCCAUCGGGCCCACUACUGCCGCCGGCGCCGCCGGCGCCACCUCCGCUCGCGACGGGCAGGACAGGUCGCGGUUUAUGGAUGAGAGUUGUACGCGUGCCCAGCAGGCAGUAUAUUACGUUGCGCGCGUUGUGCGCGGUCCUUCAGGGGCCAAAUCCCCAUACGGGCGAUGA